CUGUGAAUCGAUGAAAGGCUAAGUUCUGUUCAUGACAGUUGCAUUUGCGUAAACGGAGCGGGUCAAUAAAUUAUGUUAAUCAGUCGGAUAGAUUGGAGGCGUGUUGUUGCUGUAAUGAGGGGGAGCAUGCUUGCACUGUGGAAAAGCCCACAGUAGUAAUGCUGUCUCCACAACAGGCGCGCAGCUUUCUGUUUCCCCACUAUCUACUUUAUUGUGCAUUAUUAUUAACAUUUCCUCUGCAGCGGGCUGUUGUGUGAGAGGUUCGGUGCAACAAGUUUGCAGGAGCCACCAAACGCGCCGUCGUGCAGGUUGACAGGCUUUGGCAGGAGCGGCUCCACUCAUCUCUCUGUCACCACCACAAAGUCACUGUGUACGUGAACGCCGCAUCGCAGGCGCACUCACAUAACAGUGUGCCGUGAAUUCGUGACUCCGUGCCAGAUGCAGUUUGCUCCCACCAGCGCGUGUAGUUUAUAGUUAAAUGAAAAUAGCAGAAGCAAAAGGAGCAUCCAAGUGCGUGGAAAAAAUGGAGAAAGAAGCGGCACCCCUGAAGCGACAACACUGUCGCUCAACUGUGCUGAAUAUUGUCUCGACGUUAUGUUCAGUGGCUUCCAUCGCCUUUUGCAUAUUCCUGAGCUUCAACACAGCUGAUAUUAAGAGCCGGGUCGUGGAGUUGGAGAGCGGGAAUGUCGAGCACACCUUUACCGGUUCCCCUGGUUACUCCAUGGAUGAUUUAAAUUCACUGAUUCAACAAAGAGUGGAUGAGCUGCUCUCUCAGCGCUCCUAUGAGAAUUAUGUGAAGAUUCGGACUGCCAGACAAACAUCACCUGAAUGCAACUGUCCUCCAGGACCUCCGGGAAAGCGAGGAAGAAGAGGCCGCAAUGGAGAACCUGGACCUCCUGGCCCUCCAGGUCCAAAAGGUGAAAAGGGGGAUCAAGGCGACCAGGGACCACGGAUGGUCUUCCCUAAGAUCAAUCAUGGCUUUCUUUCCGCUGACCAGCAGCUCAUAAAGCGGCGGCUCAUUAAGGGAGAUCAGGGGCAAGCAGGACCUCCAGGGCCUCCAGGGCCACCGGGUCCUCCUGGGCCCAGGGGGCCUCCAGGGGACACGGGCAAAGAUGGGCCCAGAGGUGUUCCUGGUCUGCCAGGUGAUCCUGGGCAGCCUGGAGAAAUAGGACCCAUGGGACCUGAGGGGCCAGAGGGGCUAAAGGGUUCGGUCGGGCCUCCAGGAAUCGCAGGUGUAGAUGGACUGAAGGGGGAUGUUGGUAUCCCAGGACUGGACGGUGUCCCAGGAGCCAAGGGUGAAAUGGGAGAACGAGGUGAAAAGGGCGAUAUGGGUGAAGAAGGACCAAAAGGUGAAAUGGGGGAGAAGGGAGAUGCAGGCUCCUCUGCGGCUGGCAUCAAGGGUGAACCUGGUGAGCCUGGACGAAGUGGCCAUAAGGGAGAGCCAGGACUUCCAGGGCUGCCUGGACUCCCAGGGAUAAAGGGGGAGCCUGGAUUUCUUGGUCCCCAGGGAGAGCCAGGGCUUCCAGGACUCCCAGGAACAAAGGGUGAAAGAGGCGACCACGGGCCACCAGGAAAAGGUGAACGAGGAGAAACUGGACCCAUUGGACCAAAGGGUUCACAAGGAGAGGCUGGUGCACCUGGUUUUAAGGGGUCAAAGGGGGAGACUGGAGAUAAAGGAGAUGUGGGAUCUAUUGGCCCGAAGGGCCCUCCUGGGCAGAAAGGAGACCAAGGGGCCACUGAGAUCAUCGAUUACAAUGGAAACAUUCAGGAGGCUUUGCAGAAGAUUACCACUAUUACAGUAACGGGUCCUCCUGGGCCUCCUGGGCCAGUGGGACCGCAAGGUACAAAGGGGGAUCGUGGUAUGCCUGGCCUUCCUGGGCUUGAUGGUGAAAGAGGCUACAAAGGUUCAAAAGGAGACAUGGGAAUGCCUGGAGCUUCAGGGGACAAAGGAGCAACUGGUUUACCUGGCCUACCUGGUGUCAAUGGUGUAAAAGGAGAUAAGGGAGAUCCAGGGCUACCAGGUCCACAGGGGCCUUCAAUUAUUGGACCUCCAGGGCCACCAGGACCCCACGGAUCCCCAGGACCAAUGGGUCCCCAUGGCUUCCCUGGACCGAAGGGGGAACCUGGUUUGCAUGGUUUGAAGGGAAUGCGAGGGGAACCAGGACACAAAGGGGACCGUGGACCUUUAGGUCUCCCCGGAGCCUCCGGCUUGGACGGCAAGCCCGGAAUUAGGGGUAUGGAUGGACCUCCAGGUCCAGCUGGUCCCGCUGGGCCAAAGGGUGACAGAGGUGAAAGAGGUGCACCUGGGGACCCGGGACCAAGGGGACCUUAUGGACUACCUGGAUCUGCUGGAACACCAGGCUUGGACGGGGUGCCAGGAUUAAGGGGAGAAAAAGGCGACGUUGGGGAAAGAGGAGAAAAGGGUUUCCGGGGAUUUAAGGGUGAAAAGGGGGAACCAGGGCAGCCAGGUCUGGACGGGCUGGAUGCCCCAUGCCAAUUGGGCCCAGAUGGAUUACCAAUGCCUGGAUGCUGGCAGAAGUGAUCACUCUAACCUGAAACGCAUGGAGUUUGUAAAUAAUGCUUCUUUUAUGGUAUUUAUAGUUUUUUUAAUGGGAAAAAAAAAAUAAAUCUAAAAGAAAAGAAGUCUAUGUGUACAAUGAUACAAAAAGAGAUAACCGUCCUGAGUUUCACGCCCUAAGCUGCUUCUACUCACAUCGCCGUGUGGAGAAAAAAACAAAACAAAACAUGUGUGUGUGCGCUCUCUCACAUCCACAUCGUGGUGGUGUUCAGAUCCCUGGCUGGUGGCAGAACUUUGUCUCUUAGUCUUUGCAUGGCUCAGACUGGAGUAUCGCAGCCCGGCCAGAUUUUGUACCAGGGUGUGAAAGGAGACAUGGGAGGAAGUGGAGGUGGAAGUGGACGUUUGGGAGGGGGAUCUGGACUGGCUCUCUAACACCAAACGCUAGGUGUUUUGUGUUGUCUCGUCUCAACAAGCUCACCACCCAUUCAUGCAGCGCCAUUUUCUAAAAGACUAAAAAAAAAAAACAAAAGAGAGAGAGAGAGACUGUGAUGAACAAACAGAACAUUGCACCCCUGAUCUUGCAAAAAGCAUGAGUAGUGAAUCUAUAUUUAUAUGUAUUGUACAUACAUGUCACUGUUGUGUGGUCAUGGCUUCUGCAGAAAAAGAAAAACAGCACUAACAUUCAAUGGUCCAUGAAGAAGAAGAAGAGAAAAGAAACCCAGAGCUCUGAAUUAGUGAUUUUUGCUUUCUUUUAAUCUUCCCCAAGGGAGUCACGCCAUGGCUGGUAGCCUGAAAAGAGUCGAUCCCCACAAAGUAAAGAUGAGCUGUUGGUUAUUGUUGCUUUAUUGUGGUGAUGCCUGCAGAGGAUAAGAUAUCAGCAGGUUUUCACCGACACACUCAUGUGGCUCCGGAUCACACCCGCAUCCCCACGCCUCCGACAACCGCACGUCUCCGGACUAUGGAGGGAGAACUUGGCAGGCUCACUGCACUGAUUUGGAAAACGCAUUACAGGCAACACAAGGUUUUUGAGAUUGGACAGACCUGCUCGCCGGAACCCCUCUGAGCGUGGGAAUGGAUUUUGCAGGAGAGUCAUUUUAAGAGUCUCAUCGAUCUCUAGAGAGAUCAGCUGGAGCGUCUGCCUCCGAACGGGCAACGCUUCAAGAUCUACUGAGAGCAUUAACAGAAUGCAAUCAUUUUAUUGUUUUCUUUAUUGUUUUUUUUUUUCUUUUUGCUCUCAUUCUUAAACAUUUAUAUUUGUGUAUAAUAGCCUUUGUGCCUCAAGCUUUUAUUCAUUCCUUUAUCAGAAAAUGUACAACUUUAUAUCAUAUUUUUAAUUAUUGGAAUGGUGUUUAUUUCAGAAGGUUAAUCUUUUGUGAGAGUAUUGAGAAGACAUAUUGAGCACUGUUUUUCACAUGAAUCAUUUAUUUUUUACAGGAUGUCAUAUGAUCAUGUAGGUUACAGCUGAAUCCAACCCGACACACGUGCAGAUACUGAUCUUACUCACGAUUUUGAUGAAGCUCAUUGUUUGUACAAAAGCUCUCACCCGUCCAGUUGUUGUUACAAAUAUGCUACGUGUUCAUUCUGGAUUUGUUGUAUGAGAUGUUACCUGUACAGUGGUGUCAGUUUUGCUGCAUGUUAACAAUUUAUUGCAUAAGGAGUUUUCCCUAGAUAUUGAAAAUAAGCAUUCAUGUGCAGAAGCACGUCGGAGGCUGAGCGUAAAGCUGCGUCUAAGGGUUGAAAUUCAUGUCAGCUCUAACGUGCAACAGUCACAUUUUGGUAAAUACUGCUGGUAUUUCAGAUGUGAGACAGGAGAUGAGCUGGAAAUGAAGUGCUUUUUUUUGUUUUGUUUUUUUUUACAUCUCAUUUAUUGUCUUAAAAUAGAAAGCAUUCGAUACAGUGUGAGAAAAGCUAAAUUUGACACAACCCUCGAAGACCAAGACCACCACCGCUAACUUUUCAACCACAAAUCCCAUUGAUAUUCUUAUAAAAGUCAGAAAAAAUGGAGAUUUGCUGUUUUGCAGUUUUUGUAGCAUCACAAAUGUUUUCAGUAAAAUAUAGAUUCUUGUUUUGAGAUGAUAAAUGACCUUAAGUUGGUCAAAAGUUGCUAAAAAAAAUUUUGAAAUUCACAAUUAUUUUAGUAUCUUUCUAAAUAAAAAAAAAUGUCUUUGCAGUAAAAGGUAUAAAAUGUUAGUGUUAUAACUAGUGCUGUCAAAUUAUUAAAAUUUUUAAUCAGAUUAAUCACAUAGUUAAUUUUGAUUAAUCAUGAUUAAAUAUCUUUCAUUUUUAAUCUAUAUUAAUCACGUUUCAUUUAGCAUGAACAAACAGACUGAAGAAAGAAGGGAAUAUAUAUGCACUUAGCAUGUUUGUCACAAACUGGGCAACGCAUUAGCUGAAGUAUUAGCAGAAUCCCUGACUAAUGUAUGUUUCACGUUAAUGUGGUAUUUUAAGAUGGAAGUGCUUCAGUGAAAAGAAAACUCCUCCCUGCAGAGUGAGUAUAAUACUUUGUUGGUCAACUGUUGCGUCCUGGGUUGGUUUUUUUUGUCCUCAUAUUUCGAUCCAGAGGGCCAAUGUGCUGUUUAGCAUCUUCCAUCUUUAUGGGUUGGUUUUGCUGCCUGUCAUAUGCGCGACGGGGACUCUACUUGGACAAACUGCCCUAAAUGGAUUCAGAAUCAUUCUACGCUGCAGAUGGGUUAAUUGCAUUAAAAUUUUUAAUCGGAUUAAUCAUGAUAAUGGAUUAAUCUGCAUUAAUGCAUUAAUUUUGACAGCCCUAGUUAAAACCAGUACUUUAUUGUACUUAUAAGAGGUCUUUGGGGGUUAACUGAUCCAUUCAUAAACUACAAUUCAACUGGUGGCCAGUUAUGUCACAUUCCCUAUCAGAAGAUGCAUAAAAAACAUAGAAAAAUAGUUCAUGUCUAGCUUUAUUUCUCAUCAUUGUCAUUUCUUGUACUCAGAUUGCCUUCUGACACAGUGGUUGCUAUGCAAGGCGACAGUCACAGCCCUUGUUUUCUUCAACAUUAGAAACAUGCACGAGCGAUCUUGCGAUAAACCGACAUUUCUUGCAAUGUAGCAGCGACCACAGGUGGAUUUGGAAAGUUUGGGUUCUAUAUGGUUCCUGUUGGAUUGUAAAGUUCAUCUCAUGAUCAUACUAAAAGGUGCACAUCUGUAGAAGUUGUUUUGGUGCUAUCUAGUAGUACAGUACGUCAACAGCAGCUCCGUUGACUUUACACAGUGCCAAGAACUGCAUAACAGGUUUCUUUAUUGUCGUUGGGAGUUUGUUUUUUUUUUUGUGCAUAUAUUUGUGUAAUUAUCUCAGUAUUUUAAGUGGUACUUAUUUAUUUUUCUAUCAUUUUCUUAAAUGAAGGCAUUUUAGUUUUAAACAGCAUUCCUUUCAGUUUUGGCUACGAUGUCAGUUUCCACCGUGUCUCUGCUGAUAUGAAGAAUUUUGGAUCAUGCUAAGGCAUUUUGAAGCUGUUACAUAAACGGUACAGUGUGAAGAAGGUUAGUCAUUUGCAAUUGCCCUUCACUGUGCAUUUACUUCUGUGAGUAGGCCUUACCAUGGAGUAAUCUGCUUUUAUUUAAUUUUGCGUGUCGAAAAGCAUCAGCAGCUAUGACAAUAAAAAUACUGAGUGGAGCCUGAGUGUUGACAGGCUCGUUCAGUGCAAUCUCAUUUAGUGGUAAAUAUCACGGCUUUUUCACACGUUCUCUCUUUUCUCUCUCUUUGCAUUGAAUGUAGUUUGAUAUAUGUAUAGUGGAUUAUUAAUGUAUUGUUGAAAUGUGUGCUCAUUUGACAAAAAGUGCAAUUUAUACUUUGGUUAAUGUGUGUAGCAUCAAAUGCAGCUUAAGUCUCACAUUCUUGUGAUUUCUAGAGCUCCAUUUGUUCAGUCAUGCUACCCUGUAUACCACUACCUGGAAAAAAAAAAGUUAAUUUACCAGAUGACAAAGAAACAAAUGGAAACAUGGACCUUUUAUUGAAUCUCAAAAAUGUGUUCCCCCAAAACUCCUGUCCCUUCUUUCGCAUAUUGAAGUGUUACUUAUAAUAUUUACUACAUUUUUAUUUGCAACAUUUUCUCAUUUGUGUCUUCCAGCCUUUGUUACAGUUGUUGUUCUCAAAAGGUGCUGUAUCUUUAGCAUGAGCAGCUAAUUUUUUUUAAUUGAUUUGUCUUUUUUUUAUGAUUAUUUUGGAUAUUUUUUUCUUUUUUUUUUUCUUUUUUUUUUUUGAUUGUUGUGUGUUUCUAUAUUAAGAGUUAAAUCUUAGUUCGUUCCGCUACUUGCAGAGGUGCAAAAAUAUUAUGGACAUUUAUUUCCACAUCAGUGUUAGCAGAGCUGGUGAGUGGCUCCAAAAUAACUCUCUAAUAUUCUGUAUGUGUUACUAUUAUUGCAAAAAUAACCGGUAAAAUUUCCCUGUCAAGAAAGCCACAUUUAUUUGUAUUAAACCAGUUGAUGGAGGACACUGACAGAGUGAUCUGCUUUCGAAAACACAGGUCAAAAUAGGUUAUUGACAUGUAAUUUCAGUGUUAUAAAACAAUCUAGGGUCAAACUCCAAAAUGCAAAGAUGGUCUCUUUAAAUUCACUGGGUUAAAACUUAAUUUGUUUUCUUUUCUAUAUGUGUAUUACUCAUUUCUACCCUCCUCAUUGGCAUUUCUUUAAAGACCCUUCUGUUCACAAAACUAUAUUUCAGUAUUUCAAGUGACUUCAUAUGACUGUACUGUUGGAGCCAAAUAAAUGCAGUUUCAAGUACA